AUGGUCGCCUCUUACACGAACUUCGGCCUGGCCAGAUUCUCGACUCUGCGCAACUUUCUCGUCCGCGUCUCGAUUUGCUUCGUCCUACUUUCAAUCACCUUUCAAUAUAUUCACCGAGCGCGCCAUGACGCAUACAAAUGCAAGUCAAUUCUUCAUUCUGGCUCCUGGGCGACUAGUCCCGACCCAAAGCGACCCUUUCUCCACUGGACCCCUGACGACGGCACCUUACACGAAUACUCUCGCGACGACACAGUCUCAUGUCUCCGAGGCCGGCGCAUCAUUUUCGUAGGCGACUCUUGGAUGCGUCAGCUCUACUGGGCAGCCGCCAACCACCUCGACCACUUUAAGCAGGAACUGGCGACGCUAGAUUUCCACCUCUCCGAAGACAAAGAGACGAACCUGUCCCUCGAAGCCGAGGGCGUGAGGCUCGAGUACAUCUGGGAUCCGUGGCUGAACUCGACGUCGUUUGCGCGCGAGCUGGUGCCCUUCAAACCACAUGCUGGCGGGACGAAGCGCAAGGAUGCGCGGAAGGAUGCGCCAGCACUGUUGGCGGUUGGGUCGCCGGGGUUGUGGGCGACGCGACAUGGAGGCGCGGAGUACAUGGAUCUCUUCCGGGCGGGCGUCGACCCUUUGUUGCCUUACCUGAAUGGGGAGCUCUAUCCAGCUUCGGCGCCUUGGUUGGCCGCGCAGCCACAUUCCUUUGCGUCUAUUCCAAAUCAAUUGGUCGUUGUUCCGGCUCCGACGCCGUUUUAUAAAAGGUUGACGCCGUCCCGGAAGCAGACCAUGACCCCCGAAAAGUUUCACGCGAUGAACGGCUACUUGCGAAGCCUUCCCGGAUCGGCGCAGUCGCAUAUCCCGUGGGGGUUUAACCAGAUGACCGAGGGUAAUGAGGAUGCAUAUAACGUCAAUGGAGUCCAUGUCACCAAGGAUGUACGGGAGAGAGCCGUCAACGUCUUGUUGAAUGUGCGGUGUAACGCUGGUCUUCCUGCCGACGUCGCGGGAGCCAAACCGCUCGCUUGCCGGGCGACAGCUAGGCCCAAUUUUGUACAGAUUGCCAUUUUGCUUAUUGGGAUUGUUGCGACGCCUAUAGCUUUGAUAAAGGCACGGGGUGAGACCGUAACGGAUAACUGGGUGUGGAUGCUGGUUGCGCCACUUUCUCUGGCGGCGAUGCUGAGCUACCUGGCCGAUAGGACACACAUGUUCACUGGCGUGAAUCGUGUAUGGGACUCGACGCAGUUUAUCUGGAGAUUCAUCGGAUUCAUUGUUCUUGCGUUCAUGACACUUACACCCCGUCAACAACAGAGACCGUCGACAAAGAACCCGCCUGCGCUAGCGCGCGAAUACUCGGAUGAGUUCAAGGGAAUACUACAGGCCCUCAUCCUGCUCUACAGCCAGCAGGACGGAGACUCGAGUCUAGGUGCCUACAAAGUCUUCCGCCUUGCCAUCGCCGGAUAUAUUUUCCUCUCUGCGUACGGCCACGCGACUUACUUCCUGACGACAAAUGACUACUCGCUUCGCAGAGUUGCGACUGUAUUGCUCCGGCUCAACCUCAUGAGCUGCCUCCUCGCUUUUACUCUUUCCACGCCAUGGACAACAUAUUAUUUCGCCCCGCUCAUUUCGUUCUGGUUCCUGACUACCUUCACGAUCAUCGCCUCCCAUAAACAUUCCAACGAGGAUCUCCUCUCCCUCUUCCUCAAAACCGCCGCCGGCGCGCUCUUCGUGAACGUAGCAUUCCUACACCUUGGCCUUCUCGAAACCCUCUUGAGCCUCGCAAACAUAAUCUUAGGCACCUCCUGGGACGGAGGCAGAAUGGCCCGAGAACUAGCAUUCGACAGCAUAACCCCAUUCAUUGGCAUCAUCUCCGCCGGCGUCGUCCACCGCGCCGCGCAACUCCGGAACCGCGAGUUUUCACCGCCACCUAGCUUCCACCAUGCGCCCCCUUCGGAUUCCUUCUCUGCAUUUCUCGACGACGUAAUCAUCGCCAUAUCCGGCCAUGGACACUCCCGGUUUGAAAACGGAAAAUUAGCCAAGAAGAUAUUUACCGUCUUUACGGCCGCCGUCCUCGGCCUGGUGGGCUUCAUCCUCUUGUCGGACGUGGUAAUUCGGUACCGAGAUACCUACGAAAACUGCCACCUUUUCCUCUCGUGGAUUCCGAUUCUCUGCGUGUUAUACCUCCGCAGCACUCAGAACGGACCAUACCUCGCCCUCCCGGCAUUCCUGGGUAAGAUUCCCCUAGAACUAUAUCUCCUCCACCACCACGUGUGGCUCAUAGACAGCGGCACCCGCCUCCUCACCAUCUGGCCGCGUAAAGUCCCCUCUUCCCUCUUAUCCCAGGCCCUAUUCUCCUUUCAGCGCGUCCCCAUAACGGUGGCCUUCAUCUGGAUCGCGGCAAAGUGCCACGAGGCUACGCGCCUCGCUGUCAAUGCCAUUCUCGGCGUCUCCGACGAGGGGAACGACGCCGAGGUUUUGGACGCGGAUUUGUUGGAGAGUAAGGGCGCGGAGGUGAAGCUUCAGAGGGCGCAGAUGGGCUGGCGGGAUGUUAGUGGGAGGCUGGGUCUUUUGUUAAUGGUUGUUUGGGGUGCACCCCGUUUGUGGAGUUUGAGCGUGGGAUUCUUUUUUUAA